AUGUCGGCGCUCAAUGGCGCACCCCUCGAUACCCAGGCUCCGGGCCAUGCAGAUACCUCCAUCAUCAAGGAGGGCUUCAAGAUCACCACGCGCAAGCUACCCAUUCUCAAGGCUGGCCCUAUAGAAGAAAUGACCAAGAAGCUGGGGAUCGCGCCGCCAGAGAUGAUAUUCGGCGACAACCUCGUACGCAUAGAGCAUGCACACAGCGGCUGGCACAUCGAGUUCAACGCCUUCGAUGCACUGGACUUGGUUGACAAGACAGGUGAGAAAAUGUUCAAGGUGUCGUAUUCGAAAGAGUGGCAGCAGAAUCGACAGAAGCAGUUUGAAGACAUCAAGGAAGUCGUGAAGCCCUUCGACUGGUCCUACAGCACCGACUACAAGGGCUCAACACCGCCCACUCCCGCUUUCCAGCCUACAAACUCUCCCAUACCACUCGCCCUCCUCAAGCGACCUGACCCCAUUCACUUCUUCGACGAAGUCAUGCUCUACGAAGACGAGCUCGCCGACAACGGUAUCGCUAUGCUCUCCUGCAAGAUCCGCGUAAUGCCCGCACGCCUACUUCUCCUUGUGCGCUUCUUCAUGCGCCUAGACGAUGUCGUAUUUAGGAUACGGGAUACAAGGGUGUUUGUCGAGUUUGGCACGGAUGAGGUGAUUAGGGAGUAUACGGCGAGAGAAGAGAAGUAUGAAGUAGUGCGCGAAAAGUUAGCGGGGCGCAAGGAGGAUGUGCUUGCCAUCAUGCGGGAUCCCAAUCGGUUGGCAGAGUAUAUACCGGUUGUGGAGAAGAGUUUGGAAGGGUUGAAGUUGAAGUAA